AUGGCGGGAAAGCGAAAGCGCGCCAGUUCGCCAGCAAGGACUGCUCAUUUCGUACACGAGCCAUUCGUGGACGCCAGCAAACAGAUCCGCCUGUUGACGUUCGAACCCGGAAAUGAUCUUGACUCCAUCAGCUGCAACAUCUCGACUUGGUCCUUCGACAAAGCCCGUCCCUAUGUCGCAGCGUCCUACACGUGGGGAUCGCCGGAAAAUAUCUCCUGCAUCAACAUCAAUGGGUUACCAUACGAGAUCCGCCGCAACUGCUACGAUGCACUGAGUCAAAUUCGAAGACAAGCACCGGAAAGCUACGUUUGGACCGACAGUAUUUGCAUCAAUCAGCUUGAUCUCGACGAGAAGGCGCUCCAAGUCGAAAAUAUGGGAGACAUCUUCGCCAAUGCCGAGCUCGUGUAUUCUUGCGUGGGAGAACAUGCAGACGGCAGCGGAGAUGUUUUCAGCGUGGCCCAAGAUGUCGCAGCACACGUGAAGGACACCCCUCUAUUCUACGACAUGCCGACGGAUAAUGGGGCGGCGUGGAUCGCGCACGGAGGGGACCCCAGAUCACCUGCGUGGCAAAGGCUGAACGCCCUGCAGCCCGACCCUAUCAAGGACUCUGAAGGAGGAAUGGUCAACUCACCACCCCACCCAAAGUUUCGAGACGCACUGAUGUUCUUUUCCUGUAGACCAUACUGGCACCGCAUUUGGAUAAUCCAAGAGGUCUACCUCGCGCAGCGAUGCAUCGUCUUGUGCGGUGACGAUUGUGUUGCUUUCGAAGACAUCGUUGUCCUCAUGAUCACCUAUCAAUAUGCUCUCUUCGUGGCCGUCUCCAUGUGGGCCUUUGAAGCCAGACUACCGCAAGUCGCCCGUGCAAGUUGCACUGGACACUCUAAAAUGCAUGCGAGGAGCCUGAGGUUGCCUUCCAGCCACACUGUGGCCGCACUUUUGAUACUUGCCCUCGUGUCCUGCCCGGCGAUAUUCUCUGUCAUGUUGCCAUGGGUUCUGGGCUUCGUCCCGGGUGGGCCGUGUUUCGAAAGCACCGUGAGCGCCAUAUAUAUGAGUUCGUUGGCCCAGCGCUUCUUCGCCCAACACACGCUAAGCUCUCGCAUAUCAUGA